GGAUUGCUUUCAUCUGAAGGACUGGUGGUGCAGCGCAGCAGAGUUGCAGAAUCCCUAACAAGGGUUGAUGGAGCAGCUGUGGCCAUGAGGUGGAGUAGAACGAUUCAGCGACGAUCAUACAGUGUGCCUGGGCCAAAUGCAUUGUGGCACAUUGAUGGCAACCACAAAUUUAUAAGGUGGGGCAUGGUCAUACAUGGUGGCAUAGAUGGAUUUAGCCGUUUGGUAGUGUUCCUAAGAAUGUCCACCAACAAUCGGGCAGAGACUGUCAUGGACUGCUUUACUGAGGCAACUGCAAAUUAUGGAAUACCUUCUCGUGUCAGAUGUGACCAUGGUAGAGAAAACAAGGAUGUAGCUUUGUUUAUGAACUCUCAUCAUGGUGAGUCAAGGGGAAGCUGCAUUACAGGGAAAUCAGUCCACAAUCAGCGCAUAGAGAGAUUCUGGCGUGACCUCUACACAGGGUGUUCUUUCCGUUUCAAGGACUUGUUUCACAAGCUAGAAGAAGAGGGAGUGUUGGAUUUGAACAGCGGUGUUCACUUGUGAAGUUUGCACUAUAUAUUCUUGCCACGAAUUAACAGAUCUCUGGACCAGUUUGUUCAGGGUUGGAACAACCACAGGCUGAGCAGUGAGCGUGGCAAAACUCCCAAUCAGUUGUUUGUGCAGGGGGUUAUCCAGAAUAGAGGAUCAAACCAAACUGGUGUCAGCGAAAUACUUCAUGAACCAGACAUGACAGAGUACUAUGGUGUUGAUUGGGAUGGUCCAGUUCCACAAGAAGAUGGAGAAGUUGAGGUGUCAGGAUUGCCUUGUCCAGUGAGUAAUGAACGCCUACUUCAGCUGAAGAGAACCAUUGAUCCUCUUGGACACUCAGAAGAUGGCUUCGGAGUUGAUUUGUACAGAAGAACUGUAGAUUUUUGCAACGAGAUAGUAGAAUAGAAAUAAUUAGGAGAGUUAUUAGUUUGUGAAUAUUAGUCCAUGCAUCACAGACUAUUAUUUGAAAUAUGUUUCACUUCCUUUAUCAGCUAAUGUGAACUGUAGUUGUUUUUCAUUGUCAGUUGUGCUUCACACUUUCCCUUAAACACCAUUUUCCCCUUUGCUUGGUUUUACUUUUAUUAUUAUGCCCCCCUUUGAAGAAGAGGGGGUGAAUAUUUUAGCACAUGUCGGUCUGUUUGUCUGUCGGUGGGAUCUGUCCACCAAAUGGUUUCCAGAUGAU